UAACUCUGUUGGGUAGUUAGUCGCAGGUAAGGGCGAGUAUCUGCUAGGUAACUACCAACGGUGUUCUAUAUGCAUGUCUGAUGAAAAAGAACUCCGCUCCCCGGAGAGAGAUGUGUAUAUUUAAAGCGGGCAUCUUCGUUUAACAUAGAAGCCGUCUCUACUUCUUGCUCUCAAACCACCAGGCCUUGACCCGUUUCCUGCUCAUUAUUAUACUAUACAAUAUGGAGCCUAGUCUGUCCUCUUCUAGCUUUGCCUACGAGACCCUGGUCGAGAAGGCUUACCAUGACUCGACCAAGUCAAGCCCGCUAUCCGUAAGCAACAGCAGCUAUGGCCAUUUGAACCAAGCCAAACAUAUCACGAUGCUGACUCGGCCACAGCUCAAGUCGGCGCUGUCCAAAGCCUGGGAAGCCAUCUCUAUUGCUCACCUCAUCACCGAAAGCAACAUCAAGUCAUACGUCCAGCCCGUGGCGCUCUUCGCCAUCCUGAGUGUCGCCUCCGGCCGCGUCACCACGAACCCCAAUCCCACCUGGGCAGACCUCAUCACCAUCGCUCCGCGCGCCACCCUCUACGUCUGGCUUUUCGUCUUCUACGCCGACUGCAGCAACCAAAAGGACCCUUCCUCCGUAGAAGAGGACCGGCUAAACAAACCAUGGCGGGCCAUCCCCUCCGGCAGACUGACCAUCGAGGGCGCGGAGAAGUUCUACAUCGCCUCGAUCAUCCUGCUGUUACUAUCCAGCGGCUUGUGGCUGGGCGGGUUCCCUGAGGCGGUUAUAUUCUUGGUGGAAAUCUACGUCCAUGACUACGCCAGCGGCAAUAUCUCGUGGUGGUCCAAGAACGCCAUCAACAUCCUGUUCUACCUGACCGCGCAGAUCGGCGCCACCCGAGUCGCUGCCGAGUCGCUGACCUCGAACUCGAUGUCCCGAGCCGGCUACGAGUGGUGUGCGCUGCUUGGCCUCCAAACGUUCACGACGAUCCAGAUCCAGGAUCUGAGAGACCAGGAGGGCGACAGCAUUCGGGGUCGACGUACGAUGCCCAUCGCCAUCGGAGACGUAACCACGCGCUGGAUAACCGCCUUCUUCAUCACCUUCUGGUCGAUUGCCUGCCCGACCUACUGGGAGAUGGAAAUCACCGCGGGCCACGUCCUGCCCCUCCUGAUAGGUGGAGCAGUGUCCGCACACGUUCUGCUGUUCAGAACACCUAAGUCGGAUCGCUUCAGCUUCCACUACUACACUCUUUUAUGGCUCCCCUCUCUAUACGCGAUCCCGUUGCUCAGCCAGUACAAGUUAAUAUAGAGAGAGAGAGAUGCCUUUUUCACAAUUAGUUUUAUAUCCUAGUUUUUUUGUCAAAGCAUCGGAACGACUUGCAUAUCAUCUCAAUGCAGAGACUUGGGGGAGGGAAGAAGGGGUGGGAAUUAAAGGGGUGUUGGAUAGGUUUCUUGGAUAUUGUGAGGAGCCGGUAUGAUUUCCAAGGUGGCUUUUUUUUUUUUUUGUCCUUUUUUGUUAUACUCCAUUUUGUCGCUUGUAAAACACCUUCAUCUUAGAUUUUCUCAACAAAAAGUUUUCAUAUAUUUAGCCACUGCGUUGGCUCGUUAUUCUUAUCUGACUUAGAUCAUACUUAUGUGACUGUGCAAUGAGCUUGAUAAGUAGCUACCUAGUAUAUACACUCUUUAAUACCUACUAAUUUCUACAGCUG